AUGGUCCGGCCAAUCAUGCGCCUUAUACUAGCGGUGCUCUCACUCAGCGUGACUGCUGUAGCUACGCCUGUCCCACUAGCGCGCCGAGAAAUCUCAUCGGAACUUUUGGAGAGAUUCACUUUGUUCUCCCAGUUCGCCGCUGUGUCCGCAUGCGAUCAAAACAUCAACCACACCGGCCAAAGCGUGACCUGCGAUUUCGGUAACUGCGAAUUUGUUGAAGCCGAUAACACCACCGUCAUCGACAUCUUCCAUAGCACAACUGGACCAACGGGCUAUAUUGCCUUAGACCAUACACGGCAGCUCAUCGUCUUAGCCUUUCGUGGAACAAUAUCCAAGCACGACUCCGAGAUAGACUUCAAGAUUAAUCUCAGUAAGAUAGACAUCUGCGAGGGCUGUCUGGCCCAUGAGGGGUUCUUGGAAUACUGGCAAGCUGUGGAAGAUCAGGCCACUUCAAAACUGAAGCAGGCCACGCAGGAAUACCAAGACUAUCGGUUGAGUGUCGUCGGACACAGUCUAGGCGCGGCGGUUGCGACCCUGGCAGGAGCUUCUCUGCGGAAACACUUCACUCUGGAUAUGUGGACGUUCGGAAGCCCCAAACCAGGAAACAAGAAGCUGGCCGAAUUUAUCACCAGCCAACAACCACCAGACAGUGUGUAUCGAGUCACGCACGCCGCAGACCUUGUUCCGAAGAUCCCGCCCACGGGAAUUAUCUUCGACUGGAGCCAGCCUUCACCUGAAUACUGGAUUGACCAAGAAACUGGCCAGCAGGUCACCACAGCCGUGGUGAAGCGUAUCGAAGGGAUAAACAGCAAAGAAGGCAACGAGGGUACAGCCCCGUCGUCCCCCAUCUGGCCGAGUCCUGACCACGGGUGGUACUUUGGGAAUCUCAGCGUGUGCGCGGACCCUGCCGACAAAGGACAUUGA